GGGGCUUAUAGACGGAAGUGUCUCCGGACUGGUCCAGCUGUCAACUAGAAGAGAGAGGAGACCAUUUGCACCGGCUGCUUAGGAAAUGCAGAAAAGGGGAGAACGCUAAAAUAUGGCAACAUCAAAACGAUAAGGUCAUGACGCCAAACUGAAGGAAAGAGAACAAGGUGAAAGCCAAAAGUUAACUGAAGACUUACUGCGUGUCCUAAAUGGGGGACUACGGGUUUGGAGUUCUGGUGAAGAACAGCAGCGGUAACAAAUCUCCUUUCCCUGUAAGGAUCCCUCCUCACCUCCAACCCCAGCACCCUCACCACCCCUCCAACCCCCCCAGCCCCCCUUCCUUCGUAAACAACACCUGCUCCACCAAUGGGGGCAGUGCUUGGCUGUUCCCAGCCGUAGCCCAACACAGUAACAUGCAAGAUGAGAUUCUGGAGUCAGACAAGUCCAAGGCCUUGGACCUCCAGGACAUGCAGGAGAAGGUCCAGGCCCAGCCUCAGGCCCUGUCUCCGGGCCAGCAGGAGGCUGGGGGAGGCCUAGGAGAGCUUGAAGGGGCUCUUUCUGAAGACUGCUCAUUGGAGAAGGGUUCUUUGGAGAACAGUGGUGGGAAGGAGAAGCUGAGGAUGGAGUCCCCGGUGCUAAGUGGGUUUGACUACCAAGACAGCUUGGGAAUGGGUACAAGCUGUGCACAAUCCACCUCCUCCUCAUCCUCGCUGACCAGCUUUAACAACUGGUCCCCUGCUGUCCCGUCCACCCAGUCUCAAGUGGUCGGGGAAGACGUCGGAGGGUUCUUCGGCCCUGCUGGCUCAAACACCAACGGACCUCCUCUGCUGUUCCAGAACUUCUCCCACCACGCCGGGCCUGGCUUUGGAGCGGGCAGUAGUUUCUCCCCGCAGAUUGGACCAGUCUCCCAGCACCACCCACCAACACCUCACCCCCAGCACUACCACCCCCACGGUCAGGGGGUCCCACAGCAGCAUCGGCGCUCCCCGGCUAGCCCUCAUGCACCCCAGCCCUCCUUCCCUCCGCAUCCCCAUCGCACUGGACCAUUCACCCAGCUGCCCCACCUCGCUCCUGCCCAGAGCAAACCCCCUUCCCCUUGGGGAAGCUACCAGAGCCCCUCCACUCCCACAUCCACGUCCUGGAGCCCCGGUGGGUACGGUGGCUGGGGAGGAACGCAGGGGCUUCGAGAGUACCGGCGGGGGGUAGGUGGAGGGAUGACAGGUCUUAACUCUAUCUCUCCACUAAAGAAGUCCUUUCCCAAUAACCAGGUUCCCUCUCAGAAGUUUCCCAGAAAUAGCUCUGGCUUCAAUCACAAGGGCUGGGUGGAGGACAGUAUGAGCCGCAGUGACAAUGUCUACCCUUUCCAGCAGGAGAGAACACGGCCCUUUGAUGGUUUCAGUAUGCACUCUCUGGAGAACUCUCUGAUUGACAUUAUGAGGGCUGAGCAGGAUUCCUUGAAAGGACGCUACAGCUUCUCUCACCAGGGUGGAGACGGGCCUCUACCUAUGAAUGCAAGAAGUUAUGGCAGAAGACGAGGCCAUUCGUCUCUGUUCCCCAUGGAGGACGAGCGCUCUUUUGGAGAGGACGAGUCAGGUGACCAGGGGCUUGCUGGCCUUGGUUCAGCCCACUGUUUUCCCCACCUCAAUGGUGAACGCGUGGAGCGAUAUUCUCGCAAAGUGUUUGUUGGAGGGCUGCCCCCAGACAUAGAUGAAGAUGAAAUUACUGCCAGUUUCCGCCGAUUUGGUCACUUGUUUGUUGACUGGCCUCACAAGGCAGAGAGCAAGUCCUAUUUUCCACCAAAAGGAUAUGCAUUCCUGCUGUUUCAAGACGAGAGCUCCGUUCAGGCCCUGAUUGAUGCUUGCAUCCAGGAGGAUGGCAAGCUUUACCUGUGUGUCUCCAGUCCCACCAUCAAAGACAAGCCUGUCCAGAUCCGGCCCUGGAACCUAAAUGACAGUGACUUUGUAAUGGAUGGCUCUCAGCCAUUGGACCCGAGGAAAACUAUCUUUGUAGGAGGUGUCCCUCGUCCCCUACGUGCAGUGGAGCUUGCCAUGAUCAUGGACCGUCUGUAUGGGGGAGUGUGUUACGCUGGGAUUGACACAGACCCUGAACUCAAGUAUCCAAAAGGGGCGGGGCGAGUAGCCUUCUCCAAUCAGCAAAGCUACAUUGCAGCCAUUAGUGCCCGAUUUGUUCAACUGCAGCAUGGGGAGAUUGAUAAACGGGUGGAAGUGAAGCCAUAUGUUCUGGACGACCAGCUGUGUGAUGAAUGCCAGGGCACCCGCUGCGGGGGGAAGUUUGCUCCUUUCUUCUGCGCCAACGUGACCUGUCUGCAGUACUACUGUGAGUACUGUUGGGCAGCCAUCCACUCCCGGGCCGGCCGUGAGUUCCACAAGCCGCUGGUGAAGGAGGGAGGCGACCGACCACGACACAUCUCCUUUCGCUGGAACUGAGGAUUAGGAGAACAACUGUACCAUUUACCAAAGGUUGAGUGCAAAUGGUUGGGUUGAACAGAGGAGGAACACAGUUUUACAUGGUCGGAAGGUUUGAGUUUUUCAAGAAGCUCGGUGUAUAGCAUCUGGCCACGUCACUAAACAAAAUCUCCCCUCAGUCUGGCACACAUUUAGAUUGCUGGCAUGAGUUUUUAGGUCUUGGUUUAAAAGUCGACACUUUGUAACCAGAAAGGGCAAACCAAAGAUUGGCCUAAAAUGCAUCAUCAAAAGCAGAUGUUGAUCUGAGGGUUAUCAGGAUAAUGUUGUGUCCUCUUGUCAUUCGGCGGAGGAAAGGCUGGAGUUGUCUGGAGUUUCGGUUUGUGGGUGUCGGCUAAUAAAGACACAGCCCUCAGGGCUCAGGUAUUGGCAGUAGUAUUUGCUCACUUUAUAUUGUCAGGGAUAUUAGCACUGGAAGCUAACAUGCUAAUGUAGUACAAACUAAUGGGAAUGCACAGUCCAGUCUCCCUGAGCUGUCCUCAUGGUGUACCACUGCACGCUCUACCAUGACUGGAGCUUCUAUCACAAGUGUUGUGGUUGGAUAUGGUAGUAGCUAGAAUUUGCUGUCACAGAGAUAAAGAUAUUAUUUUAUACAUGGCCUGCUGAUUUUUGUACAGUGUUUUAUAGCUGAUUAUUUUGUCAUGAACAUAUAUACAUUUAUUAUGCACUACUUUUCUAAAUAUUUUUUUCAAUAGUCAUUUUAGGCACAUUUUUCACAGAUGGGAAAACUCCUUUUGCAAUACCUCAUUUUUUUCACUUGGUGAAAAAUAAUUUUGUACCUUUGUUACUAAGAGAUCUGCAUUUAUGGUAAACUUAAUUUAAAAAAGAAAAUGAAUGAUAUUAAUAUAAUUUUCAAUUAGCUUUUAUAUAUUUAAGUGCUGGUAAAUCUGAAAAUUGUCUGGUGCAUUGGUGUGAUUCUGUAGAGAUUAAAAAAAAAAAGGCUAUCAUUAGCCAGUCAUUUAUGGAUUCUCCUCUGUCCUAAUAAACAUAAAUACAGGAUCCUAUGGCAUGACAAGACCUUUCUAAACUGAUUUUGAUAGUCCUGAAAAUAUAUUCUGACAUUUCUCUCCUAGGUGUAGUCAAUAAGAUUAUCGGUAGGGUUAAUGUUUUGGCUUUGGUCAAUGUGAAAUCUUCCCUUCUAUCACCGGAGUGGAUAACAGCUGUUUGAAUAUUUAGAUCCUCUUUCUGGGACUGCCUGUGAGUUCUAGUUAUUCUUGGCAUGCAUAAUGUAAUACAGAAAUAACAUGGCUAGUGUUGAUGCAGGACCUAAUGUAAUGCACUAGAUCUCCUUUUUUCCUUUUUAACUUUCAUUUCCUUAUCUCUUUUGAGAUCACCUCUCUUGUAGCCUCUUUACAUGAUGGAGUCUGCCUUCCUUACACAGACAUGAUGUUUAUGCAAUCUACACAGUGACAACACUUUGGAUGCGUUUUGUAAUGUAGAGGACACUCAGUAGGACAUGUGAGGAGACUUGAUCACUUGACCCCCUUUGUGAUGUGGCAUGCUUUGGGACAUAACCUGAAUGUGAUUUAAUGUUGCAAGUUAACUUUGAGCCAUUAUGUGCAAUACUUAUUCUUUCCAGAAACAAGUCUCCGCAGUGUAAGUCAUUUAACUCAUAUAAAACAUGCAGUCAUUUACACAUGAUUUGUUUCCUAUUGUUCAUGCUGAUGUCUGCAAGAAAAAAAACCAACUAAUUUAUACCUGAAUUUAUUUUUAAACAUUAGUUUUGUGCUUAUUUACUUAUUUUGCUACUACCAUGCUACUGUGAUUGAAAACAUUGUAUAUACUAGGUUGAUAAUGUAUUUAGCAUUUGCUAUAUUUUCAAUUGAAAUGUAUAACUAUCAUUUUGAUCAGAUCUUUGUUAUAUUUUUGGGGUGAUGUGUUAAACUCGUUGAUGUGUCUAGUUUUUUCUAAUUGCUGUAUUGUGCUCCACAUUUUCAGAUGAAAAGAAUAUUGAUCAUGUCUGUUUAGUAUUACUUGAUUGCAAAAUUUCAAUAGUUUUUAAUUGUAUGCUGGGAAGGUUAUAUUUAUUAACUUUUUUUUUUUACCUGAUAUCAUUUUGAUUUUUAUUAAGUCAUUUCACAUUUAUACGUAAGUUCCAAUUUUUAUAUUUUUCUUCCUGAUUAAUUUACGCUACAAUACAGAAGUCAGUUUUUAUAGUUGGUUUGUAGUAUUGAAGUAAAACAAAGACCUAAUGUCAUAUUCAUUUGCUGCCAACUGUUUGUAACUGUAUGCAUACAUUUGAAGUAUUUGUAAUGUGAGAUGUUGAACGAAUAAAACAGCUGUGAGGAAGAA